AUGUGUCAAUGUAUCAUCUGUCAUGUCACCUGCGAAUUUAGGGCUGACUGCAGUGGGUGUGUCGGUGUGCUAAAUUUGGUGCAUAUAUUAUUGUUCUGUUUGGUUGGAAGACCGGUUGUUUACGAAAAUUUGUUUACCAAAUAAGGUUUUUGGUCUGUGAAAAAUUAUGGAAGACUCGAAGAAUCAGGGGAAAAGAGUCAGGCAAUUAUAAACUGUACUAAAAUGCUGAUGUGUUCCGUCUGACGUGAUAAGAGCACGUUUUACCAAGUGAGGAACAGCGUGAACAAAUUUUUACUGUGAGCACGUUCAGACACAUAUAUAUCGAGUGUCAGAAGUGUAAACGUCUGCUGGAAGAAUGAGCGUUGCGGCGUACAGUGCUAUAAUCCAGGGGCCACUUGCGUCGUACUUGAAGCACUCGAAAACCAUCGGUGGGGAUGUCGCGGCGCAAGCCCAACAUGUCGAGAAGCUUUUCCAAGCGCAGCUGCAGUUCCUGACGCACGCGGCGCGCAGCCAGCCGCCCGGCCAGUCGGAGCUGUCCUCCCUACUGCAGCCCACAUCGCAACAGAUCACGGCGAUCCAGGAGCUGCGCGAGAAGGGCCGCGCGUCCCAGUUCUUCAACCACCUGAGCGGCGUCAGCGAGAGCAUCCCAGCGCUCGGCUGGGUUGCCGUCAGUCCAGCACCUGCACCCUACGUAAAGGAGAUGAAUGAUGCCGGACAGUUUUACACCAACAGGGUGCUCAAAGAUUGGAAAGAAAAGAACAAGGUGCACGUGGAGUGGGUGAAGGCGUGGGUGCAGACCCUCAACGAGCUGCAGCAGUUCGUGAAGCAGCACCACACGACGGGCCUGGCGUGGGGGCUGAAGGCGGGCCCCGGGGCGCCGCCCCCGCCUCCCCCCGGGGGCAUGCCGCCCCCGCCGCCCAUCGGCGAGCUGAGCCUGUCCGGCGACCCCGGCCAGGACCGGUCCGCGCUCUUCGCGGAGAUCAACAAGGGCGAGGGCAUCACCUCUGAUGUUGGUGUUUGGACAGCCCUGAAGCGAGUGACGCCGGACAUGCAGACCCACAAGAACCCGGGCCUGCGGUCAGGGCCCGCGCCGUUCAAGGCCCCCGCCCCGUCGACCGUGCUGGGGGGCCCCCCUGCGGCCCGGCCGGGGGCCGACAAGCCCCCGAGGCUGGUCAAGGAAGGCAAGAAGUGGAUGGUGGAGUACCAGAAGGGCAAGCACGACCUGCUGGUGGACGGCGUCGAGAUGAACAACGUGGUGUACAUGUACAAGUGCGAGGACUCGACCCUCACCGUCAGGGGCAAGCUCAACUCGGUGGUGCUGGACUCGUGCCGCAAGGCGUCCGUCGUCGUCGACAGCGUCGUCGCCUCCAUCGAGUUCGUCAACUGCCAGUCCGUGCAGAUGCAGGUGCUGGGCAAGGUGCCGACCAUCACGAUAGACAAGACGGACGGCUGCCAGAUGUACCUGAGCCAGGAGUCCCUGGGCGUGGAGAUCGUCAGCUCCAAGUCAUCCGAGAUGAACGUCAUGGUGCCCAAGAGCAGUGGCGAUUACGUGGAGCAACCCGUUCCAGAGCAAUACAAAACCACCAUCUCUGGCACGGGACUAAUCACCGUCGCUGUAGAGAGCAAAGGCUAAAUCUUAAACUGUAGACUAAGAAAUUUUUUUCCCAUGAAUUCGAUUUCAUCUGUAAUGUGGUGUGUGACUUCCCACCCCUCAUCCCCUCCACGGAGCUUGUGAUCAACCUCAUCCCCCCCCUGCCCCUCCCCUGCUGUUUCCAUCUCUCACAUUUUCUAGGUUAACAUGCUUGUAUUGUCAGUAUUGUCACAACUUAUGCCCUUUGCGGAAUACAGUGUAUUUAACAUCA